AUGAAACAGAAGCGGAAGGGAAGAGAAGAUGAUGGUGAAGAUGACUGCAUUGAAGAAGAACGGAGAAGGAGCAAGAAAUACAAAGGGGACGAAGAGAACGGCGGGAGCAGGAGAGACGUAGACAGAGACUGUGACCAUGCUAAUUCUGAAGUUAUCCUUCUUGGUCCGGAGUUGAAUAGAGGUGCCGAAGUGGGUUUUCAUGUUCCAGAGUCGAAUCUUGAUGUUCCGAAGUGGCCUGUAGUUUCGAAAACACACACUGCUCUUCAUUCAAAACGGGAGCACAGAAACUGUUGCCGACACACAUUAAAUCCCACCAAAUCCGUUAGAAUUCCAAUUAACACGAGACCUGUGUUUGUUAGUUCUUCCUCUUCCGCCUCUCAGAUUCAUCUUCAUUCUUCAAUUAGCAAAGGGGAUUUGGGGCAGAAUUCGGGAGUGAAGAUGGGUGUCGUUAGCACAAUUAUGGGGGCAUUUGGUUUCGGAAUUGGAGUUCCAACUGGGCUUGUGAUUGGGUACUACUUGUUCAUUUACUACCAACCAACUCAUGUUGAGACUCCAAAAGUACGACCGUUAGUUGAACGAGAUACAAAAUCCCUUGAACAGAUGCUUCCGGAAAUUCCAAUGUGGGUCAAAAAUCCUGACCAUGACCGGGUUGAUUGGCUCAACAAAUUUAUCGAGCUAAUGUGGCCAUAUCUAGAUAAGGCGAUUUGCAAGACUGUGAAGACUAUAGCAGAACCGAUCAUAAAAGAGCAGAUUCCAAAGUACAAAAUAGACGCAGUCGAAUUUGAUACACUUACAUUAGGCAACCUACCACCCACAUUUCAAGGAAUGAAAGUUUAUUCUACGGAUGACAAGGAGUUAAUAAUGGAACCAUCAUUUAAAUGGGCUGCUAAUCCCAACAUUCAUGUUGCUGUUAAGGCCUUCGGGUUGAGACCCACUGUUCAGGUGGUGGACUUGCAGGUAUUUGCUUCACCUCGUAUCACCUUAAAGCCAUUAGUUCCGAGCUUCCCUUGCUUCUGUCAAAUUCUCGUGUCUCUCAUGGAGAAGCCUCACGUUGAUUUCGGACUAAAACUUCUCGGAGCCGAUUUGAUGUCCAUCCCUGGCUUGUACAGAUUCGUUCAGGAAUUUAUCAAAACCCAGGUCGCAAACAUGUAUCUGUGGCCGAAAACACUCGUCGUACCAGUACUCGAUCCUGCAAAAGCGAUGAAGAGGCCAGUUGGAAUGCUGAAUGUGAAGGUUUUGAGGGCGAUGAAACUGAAAAAGAAGGAUAUUUUGGGUGCUUCGGACCCUUAUGUGAAACUGAAGCUCACCGAAGAUAAGCUUCCCUCCAAGAAAACCGUUGUCAAACACAAAAACCUUAAUCCGGAAUGGAAUGAGGAGUUCCAUUUUGUUGUGAAAGAUCCGGAAUCACAAGCGCUUGAGAUGAUCGUAUAUGACUGGGAACAGGUGGGGAAACAUGACAAGAUGGGGAUGAAUGUUAUACCACUAAAAGAAAUAACACCGGAAGAACCAAAAGUUAUGACUCUUGAGCUUCUAAAAAACAUGGACCCAAACGACACACAAAACGAAAAAUCUCGAGGUCAAAUCAUGAUUGAAUUGGUGUAUAAGCCUUUCACAGACGAUCAAAUCCCGGCUGAAAGUAAAGAUGGAGAAGUGAUCGAGAAGGCUCCAGAAGGAACCCCAGAAGGCGGAGGUUUGCUUGUUGUUAUAAUCCAUCAAGCCGAAGAUCUUGAAGGCAAACAUCAUACGAAUCCAUCUGUUCGUAUGCUUUUCAGAGGAGAAGAGAAAAGAACAAAGCCUGUGAAGAAAAACCGUGAUCCGAGAUGGGAUGAGGAGUUUUCAUUUACUUUAGAAGAGCCACCAACAAACGACAGGAUGCAUUUUGAAGUCGUGAGUACGUCUUCAAGGAUGGGUUUAAUUCAUCCCAAGGAAACAUUGGGUUAUGUGGAUAUACAACUUGGGGAUGUGGUGAGUAACAAGAGAAUCAAUGGAAAGUACAACUUAAUUGAUUCGAGGAAUGUGAGGCACGGGUUAUACCCUGCACUCCUUCCUUGUCCUAUAACCCUAAACCAAGAAGCAUACUAUAGCCACCACCCUCAUGAGAUCCUCACAACGGCACUUUCUUCCUGUUCGCUUUUCCGAUCAAAUGAAGCCUACAAACGGAUACCUUGCCAUUGUAACGCCGUCGCAACACCGCUGCCGGCCGGAGAUGUCAAGGGCGGAUGGAAGAACCCCCGAGAUCAAGGUACGUGCCGGAAACGUCAAUGGCCGACGUCAGUAGCAGUGGGGCCACUGUGGGCUUUUUCUGACGACUCCUGUCGCCUAAUCGGCGGCUUUAUGGUUUCAUAUUCGUGUGGAAUUGCUGAUUUCCAUGUUCAUGGGGAAUUUCACAUGUGCAUUUGGCAAGAAAAAUCCACAAUGGCUGCCAACCAUGGUGGCUGUCGCUUCCUGCCAUCGCAUCACCGCCACCAGCCGCCAUAUGGUGGUGGUUGUGUGUAUUUGUUGUGA